AUGUCCAACACCACUAUCCGACCACGAGGCGAUCUUGCCUCUGAAAUCACACCCAUAGUGAUGGGAGGAGCAGCAUGGUCACACCAACUAAACUCAGACGCCGAAACCCGACCCAUAAUCCCCGUCAUCCUAAAAGCCUUCGAAGAAGGAAUUCGCACAAUCGACACAUCACCCUACUACGAGCCCUCUGAAAAGAUUCUCGGAAAAGCACUUGCAGAUGCUUCCAUCAGCGACAAGUACUCACGCAAAGAUUACUUUCUCAUGACCAAAGUGGGCAGAAUCGCAGCUGAGGAAUUUGACUAUUCGCCAGCUUGGGUUCAGCGGUCUGUGCAACGAAGCCUCCAACGCUUCCAAACCGCAUACUUGGAUGUGGUGUUUUGCCAUGAUGUAGAGUUUGUUUCUGAUGCUGCUGUUGUUGGUGCCGUGGCAACACUCAUGGACUUUGUUGCCCAAGGCAAAAUCAGAUAUGUGGGGAUUUCUGGCUAUCCGAUUGAUAAAUUGGUUAGAGUUGCGAGGUUGUGUAAGCAGAAGUUGGGCAAACCGUUGGAUAUUGUACAGAAUUGGGGACAGUUGACGCUGCAGAAUACGAAAUUGAGGACGCAAGGCUUGGAGGCUUUGGCGGAGGCGGGAGUUAAGGUGGUGUGUAGUAGCUCGCCGCUGAAUAUCGGGUUGCUCAGAGCGCAGGGUGUACCUAUUGGCAAUCUCGGAGACUGGCAUCCCGCACCUCCAGGCCUACGUCUCGCAGCCGCAAACGCAGCAACCUACGUCGCAUCCCACGGCGACGACCUCGCCAGCCUAGCCCUCCGCUUCGCCGUCCGCGAAACCGCUCUCAAAACACCCAAUCUGCCUUCAAUGGCACUAAUCAUGGGACCAGGCAGUGUAGCAGAAGUAGAAAGCUGUGCUGCUGCUGCCAACAGCGUCAAAGAUUUGAGUGUCAAAGGAAAGUACGGGGAUUUGAGGGAUGGGGUUGUGGUUGAUGAGGAAGGAGUCAAAAGNGAUCAGAAGUUGGUGGAUGGCGUGAGGAGCAUUUUGGGAGAGUGGAUUGAUUAUUCGUUUGGGAGUCCGCCUGAGGGGUGGGAUGUUGAGGCUGGGAAGAUGGGGAGUGUGUGA